CAGCUGACAGUGAGAGUUGUUGCAGAGGGGCGUUUUACAGUAAAUUGAUCAACUCGAAAGACUGUUCCUAAAUUCCCUAAUUACAAAAAGGGAAACUUCAAAUCGCUGCCCUGAUGGCCGACUCGGACGCUCCUGGAAAGGCCGAAGGUGACGCCGAACGGACAGCUGACGCGCUAGAUCUCGACUUGGAUGAGCUUGAUGACACUGAAUUUGACAUUCCACCCGUGACAGUGCCUCCGUCCCUGGAGAGCAUCCUGAACGAUGACGAAGGCCACGACAGCGACCCUGAGGAAGGGUCACAGCCGCCGUUUCUUCUCGCGCCAGAGGUCGGCCUGGAAACUAGCUCACAAUGCUCGUCAGAGGGGCGAAGCAGGAGUUCGAGGGGUCGGCGGGCGAGUCCCAUGGGCCGUUCCAGCGCCUCAGGUAACGUGCUGCGCCACGUCGUGCUCAAGGGCCUCACCACGCAGAUCAACGCCGCCGCUGAGCGAUCGGGCGCCGGAACUGCGACGGCGGCGUGCGGGGGCGGCGGGUGUGUGUGCGUUGGCACCUCGCACGGCGCCGUGCUCAUGUUCGAUGCGACGCAGAAGCUGCGUUUCCUUCUGGAGGCUGCUGAAGGUGCCGGCGCCGUCACCUGCCUGGCCGCUUCUGGGGACGGCGGCCGCCUACUCGUCGGCCACGACAAGGGACUCAUUCGCAUGUUUGACAUGAAAGACGGCCGCCUGCUACGCACCCUCACUGACGCCCACGCACCUGCUACAGCUGUGUUGCACGUCAAGUUUACCGACUCGUCAGCCCUGGCGCUGUGCAGCGACUCAGGUGGCUCGGUGUUUGAACUGGCCUUCAAGCGGGUAUUGGGGGUGCGAGGCUGCGAGGCACGAUGCCUGUUUUCAGGGGCACGCGGCGAGGUGGUGGCCCUGGAGCCGUUGUUGUUGGCGCCACUCGGCGGGCAGCACCCGCUCGAGGCGCACUCCCUGCUCGCUAUGGCCACCCUGAGCAAGGUGAUCGUGGUACAGACGCGGCCCCGCACUAAGGUCGUCCUGACGCACGCGUUGCCCGCGCGUGCCGACUCGCUGCCGCUGCUCGCUUGGCAGAUGGUGCUCAUCCAGGUGGCCGACCACUCGCGCGUCGUCGACCCCGUCCUCGCCUUUGGACGCGAUCGCGCACUCUUCUUUUACCAGGUUGGAGUGGAUGGUGGUGGACGGGCGCGAGCCACGCUGCUCCACCGCUCGCAGCUCUCCUUCCAGAUGCUGAGUCUGCACUGGCUGAACGCCCGCACGCUCGCCGUGCUGGACACACGGGAGCACGUCCACGUGAUAGACGUGCGCUCGCAGACUGAGGUGGAAACGCUCGACGUGUCCUCAGCUAGACUUGUAUUCGCGUCCAGCCACUUCAAAGCCAUUGCCACUGGCGGCAACGUCAGCAAAGCGCUUGUGGCUGCCGGCGAGCGUGCCUGCUACAACACAGUGGUCAGUCUCGGCCAGCAACUUCUUUUGGUGGGCACCCGCUCCGUGCACGCUUUGCACAUGCGUACGUGGAAUGAACGAAUAGAUCAUGUGGCCAGACAGGGUCGGCCGCUGGCCGCCCUAGAGCUUGGACUUGCUUUCUACGAGGAGCGGGCAAAGGCUGUUGUGGGCCUCCGUGGACCCAAGGCCCAUCGUAAACAUCUUAUCAAAGAAAAGAUUUUUGCUGUUUUGGACGCUUUCGUGGACAAAAUGGUUGGGAGCGGCGAAGCGUCGGUGGACGAGCUGCGCGAGACAUUCGCUGCCGCCGCCAACUACUGCGUCCUGCUGGACCGCAGAGAGACGCUAUUUGGGAGGUACUGGGAAGCGGCCAGCAGCCAACCUGAAGCUGAGGCCGCCUUUCUUGAGGCUCUCGAGCCGCACAUCCUCAACGAGCAGCUGCCCGCGCCACCCACCGCCGUCAUGCAGCGAUUUGUGCUGCACUUCGAGAAGGUCGCCAAAUUCCAGGCGUUGGAGGCUUGUUUGGUGCACGUGGACGUUUCAUGCCUGGACAUCCACCAGACGAUGACGCUGUGCUGGCAGCACAACCUUUUUGACGCCAUCCUGAGCGUACACACGCGCGGCAUGCAGGACUACGUGACGCCGCUGGUUGAGCUUCUGACUGUGCUGCAGUCGGCGCUGUCCACCGGCAAGCAGCUCUCAGAGCAGCAGGUCACGCUUGGAAACAAACUGCUCGUCUACGUUAGCUGCUGCCUCGCGGGCCGCGCCUACCCCCUCCGUGGAGACGUGCCCCAGCAUCUCCAGCCACAGGUCAAGCACGAGCUGCUCAAGUGUUUGACAACCAUGCAUUCGCGUGCGCCAACCGACUCGGAGCCUCCCCAUCCUUACCUCAGGGCGCUGCUGCAGUUUGACACGCGGGAGUUCCUCAACGUGCUGGCUCUUGCAUUUGAAGAGGCCGAGUUCAGCUCGGAGCUGGGCGUCCGACAGCGUCAGCGCAUUGUAGACAUUUUGCUGCAGACCGUCGUGCCUGGCGAGACUUUCUCGGCGAGUCAGGUGGGCGCCCUCUUUACGUUCUUAGCAAGGCAGCUGGCUCGUCCUGGCGCAGCAUUGAUGGUCGAGCCGCACCUCUUCCACCAAGUAGUCGACUUUCUUACGACGCCGUUGGACGACGCGGCGCUGACAACACCAACAGGCCAGCACGAGGAACGUCAGCAGGCGCUGAUGGAAUUGCUGACGGCGCCGCAGGGGCUCGACCUCUGCAGUGACCACGAGCAGCUCCUGCAGAAAGCCUACAAGGCCAAGUUCUUCCGCGUGUGCGAGUUGCUGCACCAGCGGCGUCAGGAGUACGAGCCGAUCGUGCAGUGCUACCUUCAGGACCCAUUCCGCAAGGGCCAGGUGUUCGGCUUUCUGCGCAACCUCCUAGUCAACCCUGGCUACCUGGAGGCGGAAAAGACGCGACGGCUGCUGGUGGAGAACGCAGCGCAGCUGGUCGCUGUGGACAGUCGAAAGACGGCGCAACUAGUCAACAGCCACGCGCCGGACCUGGUGCCGGAGCUGCUCGACCUGCUCGAGCCAGAGCCACUGCUUUCGUUCCUGCAGGCGCUGCUGCACCACCGGCACAGCCACUCGGCCGCCCGUGACGAGCCGCUCGGCCCUGAGGUGCACGAGACGCUGCUGACACUGCUCUGCCGCCUCCGGCCCACCGAGGUCGCCGCUCACGUCCGCGCCGAUGCCCACUGCCGCCUCGAGAACGCCCUCCAGGUGGUUCGCGAAUACGGCCAAGUGGAGGCUGAGGCGCACUUGUUGGAGCGCGCUGGGGACGUUGGUGCUGCCUUUGCUCUUCUCAAGACGCAGUUUGAAACGCAACUGCUCAAGGCUCUGGAAGAAGAGGGCGGAGAGGCGGCAUGGAGUCUGGCGCAGGCACGGCUGCUGCUCACUGUUCAACUUGGCCAGCGGAGCGUGACGCUGCUGGACGAGGCGGCACGCGAGGCGCUUUGGUUCCCGCUGCUGCAGAUGCUGAUGCGUCACCGCGCUGCCAACGCUCACCACCAACACAACCAUGACGCUCUGCGCGACAUGUGCCAACACGUGCUAUCAAGCAUGCUGGGCCACGUGAGUUUGUCUGCAGUGACUCAGCUGAUGCUGCAGGAGCCGUCCUUUGGGCAGGGCAAGUUUGGCGAGGUGCGCGACCUGCUGCUAAGCAUGCUGCGUGGGUGCGAGCACGAGGAGCGCGUGUUGCGUACAACGCAGCGCAUUUUAAAUGCCGACCUUCACGCGCGGCUAGCCAAAACGCUGCGGCGGGCACGACGACCGCUGGCGCCGCAUCCUGCCGGCGGUCCCGUCCCCGCGUCAGCGCCGCCGCUCUGCUCACGCUGCGACGCGCCGCUGUUGCGUCCGCCCGCUGCCCCAGUCGUCGUUUUCGCGUGCGGUCACGCACUGCACUGUUCAUGCGCCGGCGGCAGCUCAGAGUGUCCCCUGUGUAACCCUGGAAGCAGUUUGUCCGCGCAGUCGCCUUCCAAGGUCAGUCAGGCAGUUGAGGAGGCGUCCUGGAGGCGGCAGCGGAGGCGGGCGCGUCCUCAGGAGACCAGCCUGGAGCUCAACCUGGCGCCCCCGCCCGGCCACGCCUACCUGCAGGGUCUCUUCUAGAGACUGAUUUGGUUAUUCUCUCUGUGAUUCGCGUUUCUCUAGUGAAAUGGAUGCUGGGACCCAACGACUCAUUCCAGUGAUCAGCUUUCCAGUGCAUUUUGAUUAAAAGUCUAGUUUGUACUGCGUUGAACCAGUGAUCUUAUUGCAUAGUACAUAUUUGUUCAGAAUGCAGUGAGCCGACUAAUCCGGUUUUUGUUUUUCUGAUAAAACACAUUCUGAUGCGUGUGACACGCGCCUGA